UACGUAACGGCCCUAUAAAAACUUAUUCCCCUGCAACAGGUUAUUUCUAGUUCGUUGUAUUCAGAAAUCAAGAUUUUUGUUUUUUUGAGCAUUGGAAGAAGGCAAUGGCUUCUCUGUUCAAGGACUCAGCAAAGAUUUCAGCGUAUCGUGACAGAAGAUUUAAUGGUACACAAGAGGAAUUUGAGCAAUCACUCCUGAAUUCGACAACCGUUUAUAUCGGAAACAUGUCUUUUUACACAACUGAAGAACAGGUUUACGAGCUUUUCUCACGAGCCGGUGAAAUUAAGAAAAUAAUCAUGGGCCUUGACAAGAACUCUAAAACACCUUGCGGCUUUUGCUUUGUCUUGUAUUAUUCGAGGGAAGAUACAGAGGAUGCUGUUAAAUACAUUAGUGGGACAAUUCUUGAUGACCGUCCCAUUCGUGUGGAUUUUGAUUGGGGAUUUGUUGAAGGAAGGCAAUGGGGCCGUGGUCGAAGUGGUGGCCAAGUUCGAGAUGAAUAUCGAACUGAUUAUGAUCCUGGCAGAGGUGGCUAUGGAAAAUUAGUUCAGAGAGAGUUGGAUGCACAGAGGCAGCUCGUAGAUUAUGGUGCCGGGUCGCUGGGCUCAUUCCCACCGGUUAUGCCCCCUCAUUAUGAUAAGCAUGGUGGGGGCCAUGGUCAUGGGGGUUCUCAUCGACAUGGGAGAGAUUAUCAUCGGAAGCGACACCGGGAUGAUGACCGAUAUGUGCGUGAGUCCUCAAAGAGAACCUCAUAUAAUGAAUCCAGGAGAGACUCAGACCGUGAUUCUAGACCGCAGGAGAAGAAUCCACGUUUCCGCGAGAGUGGUAAUUCUGAUGAUGACGAAGAAGAUGAUCGUAAAUGACGACCUUAAUGGACUUAGUUGUUAUGAAGUUAAGUAUAUGGGGUAGCUUUUUUGGCAUUUUUAUGCAUUUGUAAGAGGUGCUUCAUGUGUAUGACAGUAUCGAGUUUUCUUUGAUAGGCACAAAAUGCUGCUUUAGCGUUUGCCUUGUAAUUUAAGACAGUAUGCCGCUGCUGUCUUAGAUCAAUGGUUUUAGGCUUUUGUUUUAUCUUUAAAGGUGGACUAUUGAAGUUUUUUCUUC